AUGCAGGACAACCAACGACGGCAUUGGAUUGGACAGACGUGGAUCGCCGAUGGACCAGACCGGAGCAAUCUCAAGGCUGCCGCCGUUCCAUGUUCAUCCCGAACACUGCGCUUCGUCGUAUUUAGUUCAGAAAAUCUGUCAUUUGUACACGAGGCGCCAUUUGUCCACUCCAGUGUGUGUGAUGCGUUUUUAGUGGCGCUUUCCGAUCGGGAGAUCGGUCACCUUGGAAACCUCAGUGGGCUUACGCCCCCCAGCGGCAUCAGCGAAAUCACUUCUGGCAUCUAA